AUGUUUCCUGGAGAAGGGAAUGAUGAAGUGCACAAAUAUAUACCCGGAGAAGUGGCAGACGCAGACAUUGACAAGCCCUGGACCAUGUUCUUUGAUGGGUCAUCAUAUGGUACUGUCGGAGGCGCCGGAGUAGUAUUCGAAACACCACAAGGGGAGAUGCUCUCAUACUCGCUCAAAUUGGAAUUCCAAAGUAGUAACAAUGUCGCGGAGUAUGAAGCACUGAUUUUGGGACUCCGAGUGGCGAAGGAGCUCAAUCUAGGGAGCGUAGAAUUUAAGGGAGAUUCGAGGCUCGUGACGAACCAAGUGAAUGGAGAUUUUCAUGUCAAAGAACCGCACUUAGCGUCCUAUCGGGCAGAGGCCCAAAGAUUGAUGAACCAAACGGGGUCGACUCUGGACCAUACUGGUAGAAGCGGAAAUAAGCAGCAGAUGCCCUGGAAACCGUGGCGAGCAAAGUACAAUUGA